UCAGCUUCCGCUCUAAUUUCAAAAGCAUUCACUUCCUAUUGUGGUUCGUUUCCCGCCACUCAUCUACAAGCCCCGCCCCUAAUCCAUUUCACCUGUAACUGUUACAUAUGGAAGAGGAUAAGCCAGAUUUUUCAGACGCUGUUGGAUGCAGCUCAUUUAGAGCAACUUGAACAUAGGGGAAGCUCCAGUACUGAGCUUGAAGAGGUAGAAGACAUUUGGACAGGAAGAAAAGGGAAGAAGGAGCCAUGAGUGCGAACAAAGAAGACGUGGAGAAGUUUCUCAAUGGAAAUCCUGCAUUUGCUAAGCAGUACUUUACCAAGAAGAUGAGCCCUGGUUCUGUAUCCAAGGCGUCCGGACUUCCUGAGGCGCAGAUUGACUUCAGCCAGUUUGAAGAGCUAAGUCAGGUUGAAGAAAGCCAAAUAAUGUAUAGCCUGAUCAAAGACAUGCAAGAGAACGUCAACAUGGAAAAGGUGGUCUUCAAGAUCCUGAAGAGAAUCAGUGCCCUCAUCCACGCCGACCGCUGUAGCCUGUUCAUGUACAGACAGAGGAACGGCAUCGCAGAGCUGGCCACCAGGCUCUUCAACGUCACCUCAGAAGCAGAAUUGGACGACUGCGUGGUGCCGCCAGACUCCGAGAUUGUCUACCCGCUGGACAUGGGAAUAGUUGGACAUGUGGCGCAGACCAAGAAAACUGUUAAUGUCAAAAAUGCCAAGGAGAAUCAGUACUUUAGCUCAUUUGUUGAUGAACUUACUGACUAUGACACCAAAAGUGUUCUGGCCACAGCCAUCCUCAAUGGCAAGGACAUGGUGGCGGUGAUCAUGGCUCUGAAUAAAACCACUGGACCACAUUUCACAGCUGAGGAUGAAGAUCUGUUUUUAAAGUACCUGAAAAUUGCCUCCCUCAACCUGAAGAUCUACCAUCUGAAUUACCUCCACAGCUGUGAGACACGCAAAGGGAUGAUGCUGCUGUGGUCAGCCAACAAAGUGUUUGAGGAGCUGACGGACAUUGAGAGACAGUUUCACAAAGCCUUGUACACAGUGCGAGCCUACCUCAACUGUGACCGCUACUCCGUCGGUUUACUGGAUAUGACAAAGGAAAAGGAGUUCUUUGACAUCUGGCCAGUCUUGAUGGGAGAGCAGCCCCCGUACUCUGGCCCUGUGACCCCAGACGGCAGGGAAGUUAUUUUCUACAAGAUAAUUGAUUACAUACUGCAUGGAAAAGAAGACAUUAAAGUAAUACCAAAUCCACCUGCGGAUCACUGGGCUUUGUGUAGCGGGCUGCCCACUUAUGUAGCUGAGACGGGUUUCAUUUGUAACAUCAUGAACGCAGCUGCUGAUGAGACGUUUGAGUUCCAGACUGAGCCGCUUGACGACAGCGGCUGGACCAUUAAAAAUGUUCUCUCACUGCCAAUCGUCAACAAGAAAGAAGAGAUAGUGGGCGUGGCUACAUUUUACAACAGAAAAGAUGGGAAGCCGUUUGAUGAGCUGGAUGAGCAGCUAAUGGAGGCUCUGACCCAGUUCCUGGGCUGGUCGGCUUUGAACACAGACACUUACGACAGAAUGAACAAACUGGAAAACCGCAAAGACAUUGCUCAGGAUAUGGUGCUGUACCACGUCAAGUGUCGUGAUGAUGAGAUUCAAAACAUUCUGAACACCAGAGAUGUCUACAACUGUGAACCAAGAGACUGUGAGGAGGACGAGCUCUUGGCUAUCUUGAAAAAAGAUCUGCCGCCACUUAUUAAGAAGUUUGAGAUCUACGAGUUUCACUUCUCAGAUUUUAACUGCACAGAGAUGGACCUGGUGAAGUGUGGAAUCCAGAUGUAUUAUGAGGUCGGGGUGGUCAAAAAGUUCCAGGUCCCACAGGAGGUGCUGGUCAGGUUCAUGUACUCACUCAGUAAAGGCUACAGAAGAAUCACCUACCACAACUGGCGUCACGGUUUCAACGUGGGCCAGACGAUGUUCACCCUCUUAACAACAGGGAUGCUGAAGCGAUACUACACGGACCUGGAGGUAAUGGCCAUGAUCACUGCAGGCUUUUUACAUGAUAUUGACCACAGAGGCACAAACAACUUAUACCAAGUGAAAUCUGGCAACCCUCUGGCUAAGCUACAUGGCUCCUCCAUCCUGGAGCGGCAUCAUUUAGAGUUUGGAAAGUUCCUCUUGUCUGAUGAGUCACUAAACAUCUUCCAGAACCUGAACAGGCGGCAGAUGGACCACGUCAUUCAUCUCAUUGACAUCGCCAUCAUUGCCACAGACCUGGCUCUUUAUUUCAAGAAAAGAACCAUGUUCCAGAAGAUUGUGGACCUUUCAAAGACAUACGAGGAGGAAAAGAAGUGGGUCGACUUCAUGUCUUUAGAAACGACUAGAAAAGAGAUUGUCAUGGCCAUGAUGAUGACAGCGUGUGACUUGUCCGCUAUCACCAAGCCUUGGGAGGUACAAAGUAAGGUUGCCUUGUCUGUGGCAGCAGAGUUUUGGGAGCAGGGCGACCUGGAGAGGACAGUACUGGAACAGCAGCCCAUCCCUAUGAUGGACAGGAACAAAGCAGCUGAACUUCCCAAACUACAGUGCGGUUUUAUUGACUUCGUCUGCACAUUUGUUUACAAGGAGUUUUCUCGCUUUCACCCACAAAUCCAGCCCAUGCUGGAUGGCAUCCUGAAUAACAGGAAGGAGUGGAAUGCAAAGAAAGAAGAGUACGAAGCUUCACUAAAAGCUUUAGAGGAGGAGAAGGCUGCUAAAGAGGCGACUGCUGCCAAUAAAGCUCCUGGCAACAACACAGGUGGUGGUGGAGGCUCCAAAACCUGCUGCAUCUGUUGAGGGUAAAAAUUAAAAACCACCAGACUCAUCUCAACAUCAGAGCCAGCCCAGGAAAUAAUCUUUACGAUGGACAGAACAGAAUUAUUUUUGUAAUUGUCCAUUAACUUUCCUAACAGGUGAGCACACAAAAAAGAAAAUAUAUAUAUACUGUACAUUCAGAAUAGUGGGAGUAGCUGGAGCUGGAGCCAAUCCCAACUGAGACUGGAGAAUGUUUGUUUUUGACAUUCUUCCAGUGUUUUUGACCACAGACAAUGGUCAGUCAUUUUGUAUAAAAUACAUUGAGGUUAAUUAAUGUUCUUUAUGUCAUUUAGAUGUAAGUUUACUGAGGUGGGGCUAAUGCUCACCACUUUAUAUGCAUUAAAGACUCAUGUCUUUUAUUCACCUUCCAGUCACUUCUCUUCCACAAUUGAGAGUUUGUUUACCUUGAUGCACAAAACCAAAGGUAGAUAAUGAGCUCAGGGCCACUGAUUUCUGUGUAAACCUGAUCAUGUGUUUCCUUCUGGUAAUGUAGGAAAACAGCUUUGUCUUUGUCUGAGAAAUUAGCCUUUAUUAGCAGCAAAUAGGUCUGCUGCAGCUCGCUUGCUAAGCCGUCGUAUUGUAAAAUCAUAUUGCAAAUAGCAAAACAUUUAUAUAUGUAUAUAUUAAUGUGUCUAUAUUUAUAAAUAUAUAUGUGUAUGUAUACAUACAUAUAUUCCUUUCUCUUUUUUAAAUAGAGACAUAUUCUGGCUUCUGGUAGGAUUACAUUUAACAAUGGAGAUGUAUUUAUUCUGCAUGAACCUCCACCUAAAGACCCUACUUUGAUGUGGAUGUCAUUUUCUAUCAAUUGAAACCCCAAAAUAAAGUGCUAAAGAAGCAAAUAUGCUAAACACCAUCUGAAAUGCUAAGAGUAACAAUGUGUUGAAAAACAAAAUAGACUUUUCAAGGAUACCUCAGAUGUACACAAUCCCUCUCUCUACGUAAAUAUAAAGAAUAUUUUACUUGAAUCCUCGUGAUAUUCGCAGACACUAAUAUUACUCAUUAGGCCAUUAUUUCCACCCUUGUAUGGUUUAAGACACCUGUAAAGUUGUUGUAAUAAUAUAUGCAGGGAUGCUUUUUGAAUAGAUGUUAUACAUCAUAGUUAAUAUUCUAAGGGUGACAUUCAUGCACAGAAUGUGUUUGUAAAGUUAACCCAAAUAAAGCAUAUUUAUUUUUUAUGAGCCAAGUGGUUGGGUACAUUAUUUAUUAUAUUUCAAUGGCAGUUAACUAUUUAUGGUAUUGUGUAUAUUUUGAUCCACUUUGACCUUUAUGACAAGGUUGUUUAUACAGUACAACAUAGUAGAGCAUUUCUGUCCACGCUGCACUUUCUACUAUUGUUCCCUGACCCUAAUCCUGGGAUUGCUGCUAAACAAGGCUGGGAUUAUGGUCAUGCUGCAGACAGUGACUCACCUC